AUGCACCCACCUGACCGAUAUAACCUCAUGCACCCACCGGUCCAAUAUACCCCCUAUCGACCUUUUCCCCCUCCUUGUCCUCCCAAGAACCAACACCCCACCAAGCAACCAACCCACACCGGCUCCAUCAACCAACUGGCUCCAGCUCCACCAAGCGACUCACACCAACUCCAUUCUUGUAAGAUGGGAUUUGUUAUGUACCACCCAGCAACCAAGGUUGCCGCGGUUCGGAUGCUAAUUCAAGGUCAUGAACAGUCGUUCAUCCGAACUGCGCUUGGGGAAACAAUUUCACGACAAUCGUUUGGCCGUUGGAUGGAUUUAUAUCAACAGACUCGCUGUGUGAUACGAAACCCGGACGACUAUGAGCAGCAAGGCCGUCCCUCCCUUCUUUCUGACAGUGACUCUAAGUUCAUGAUCCAACUCGUGAAAGACGAACCAGGCCUGUUUUUGGAUGAGAUCAGGGAGCGAUUAUACGACAAAAAUGGUACCCUUCUCUGUGUGGAGACCAUUCACCAAAACCUGGUUGUGAAGCUUUCCAUCACUCUGAAGAAACCCGGUACUAUCAAUAUCCGAAAAUGUUUAAUUAAGAAGUUUGAUUAUAUCGAAAAAAUGUGUUUUAUUCCGGCGGAAUUCUUAGUGUUCUCCGACGAAUGUGCCAUUUGUGAUCGUGAUCUACUCAGGACCUUUGCCCGCGCUCCAAAGGGCACACCCUCGGCGCGAUUCAUUGUGAACCAAAACACCAAUCGAAUUAGUGUCCUACCUGCCAUUGGAAUAGGGGGGAUCCUUGCGAUGGCGAUGACCGACAGCACCUUUGUUGGCAAGAAAUGGGAGGACUUCCUUGAGUGGGACUUGCUCCCCCGGAUGAAUCGUUACCCCAACCGUCAUUCAAUCCUUGUUUGCGACAACGCUCAGAUUCACAAAGGGAGUAGGGUCGAAAGCAUCUGCAUUGAGGCGGGGAUACUAAUUAAGUAUCUUCCUCCUUACUGUCCAGAGCUCAACCCCAUUGAGCUCUGCUUCUCGGCAUUUAAAAGCAAGCUCCGCCGAUCGAGGAUUUUAGAUGAGAGUAAUGAUCCGGAGUGGGACAUUUGUGAGACUAUUGACUCAGUGAUUACUCCAGAAGUCUGCUACAAGAAUUUCCGUCACUGUGGUUACUCGGUGCCUCCUUCAUAAGUUAUGACCCUGUGGUUUUUGUUCCUACCCUCGCCUCCCGCUUUUUGUUCCUACCGACUUGAACUUCGCCUCCUGCUGUUUCUUCCUGCCUGCUUGAAUCUCUCCUCCCAAUCUUCUUCCUACCGAGUUGAAACUCUCCUCCUGCUAUUCCUGUUUUUUUGUUACUUCCUGUCCUCUUGAAUCAGUCAGUGCUCGCUUUUGGCUCCUACCGACUUGAAACUCGUGAUCAUAAAUCUUGUCUCUUCCUGCCUGUGUCCAUCAAAUAUAUCAUCCGAUUCACCCACUC